AUGUAUUCCGAUCAGCAAGUAAUCAGCACAAAGAAUGCCCCCUCAGCACUCGGUCCCUAUUCACAAGCUAUCAAGACACCCACUAUGAUUUAUACUUCGGGUCAAAUCCCACUCACCCCUGAUGGUGAGCUUGUAAAGGGUAUUACAGAGCAGACUCGGCAAGUUGCCAAGAAUGUUCAAGGUGUCUUGGAAGCGGCUGGGUCAUCUCUCGCAAAGGUUGUUAAGACUACCGUUUUUAUCUCUGAUAUGUCUUACUUUGUUGAGAUUAAUACUGAGUAUGAGAAAUGGUUUUCCCAUAAGCCUGCGCGCAGCUGCGUUGCGGUCAAAACUCUCCCUAAGAACGUGGAUGUGGAGAUUGAGGUUAUAGCUCUUUGGUAA